AAAUUUGUGAAUGAUUGAGCCUCUUUGGAUCCAAUUCUUAAAUUUUCAGUUAAAGAAUCCAUUUCUUCAAACCAGAAACCGCAUUCAGCAAAAAUGGAUAUAUAAACAGGUCCAUUUCUGUUGAGUGUUCGUUUAUUCUAUCUCUCCUAUCCAACACAUUUUUCAUCUUCAUUUCUCUUCCAAUCCAAUCCUAUUAUUCAGUUUGGACAAAACAACAAAACUAUCACAAUCGGGUUCAUUCACUACUCCACUAACAAUCACACUCCACAGAUUUUUAGAUAUCUUUUUUUUGACGAAAAUCCAGGUUUUUGUGUUUGUUGGUCAACAUGGAUAUCGAUGAAGCGAUUAGAGGGUGUGAGGAUCGAAGACUUCAGACCAAGUAUAACAAUGCUACUAGUGUUAUUCAGAGAGCUUUGGCUUUGUAUCCAAUUGAGGAGGUUGCGUUCAGUUUCAAUGGUGGAAAGGAUUCAACGGUUUUGUUGCACCUACUUAGGGCUGGCUAUUUCUUGCAUAAAGUGGGGGAGAAUAGUGCUGCUGCCAAUGGAGAUGUUAAGGAUUUUCCUAUUCGAAUAAUAUAUUUUGAAAGCCCUAGUGCUUUCCCGGAAAUCAACUCAUUUACCUAUGACACCGCUUCCACCUAUGGUUUGCAAAUUGACACCAUCCGCUUAGAUUUCAAGUCUGGUUUGGAGACUUUGCUGAAAGAUAAGCCAAUUCGAGCUAUUUUCCUUGGAGUUCGAAUGGGAGACCCUACUGCGGUUGGCCAAGAACAAUUCUCCCCCAGUUCACCUGGUUGGCCACCUUUCAUGAGAGUCAAUCCCAUUUUAGAUUGGUCAUACAGAGAUGUCUGGGCCUUCCUUUUAACUUGCAAAGUGAAGUAUUGCAGUCUUUAUGAUCAAGGAUAUACUUCAAUUGGAAGCAUAUAUGACACAGUUCCCAAUUCCUUACUAUCCAUCAUUAAUUCUUCCAAUAAAUUCAAACCAGCAUAUUUACUUUCUGAUGGAAGAUUAGAGAGGGCGGGGAGGGUUAAAAGGAAAUCUUCUGCUGGUGGACAACUUACUGCUGAUAGCAAUGGCUUGGAUGUGCAUAAAAACAGCACACUCACAGCAUCAAUCAUUGCUGUGGGAGAUGAGAUUCUGUUUGGCAUUGUUGAGGAUCAGUUGGGACCAUAUUUAUGUAGGAAGCUGGGUUCUGUUGGUUGGUCUGUGUUGCAAUGUUCUGUAGUUCACAAUAAUAUAGAUUCUGUGGCAGAAGAAGUUGAGCGACAGAAGUCUAGGACUGAUCUGGUAUUUAUAUAUGGAGGUGUAGGUCCACUGCAUUCAGAUGUUACCUUAGCCGGCAUUGCAAAAGCUUUUGAUGUUCGUUUGGCUCCUGAUGAAGAAUUUGAAGAAUAUCUACGGCAUAUUAUUGGUGAUCAGUGUAUUGGCGAUAGGAAUGAGAUGGCUCAAUUGCCCGAGGGCAUAACUGAAUUACUGCAUCAUGACAAUUUGGCUGUACCAUUGAUGAAGUGCCAAAAUGUAGUAAUUCUCAAUGCAACAAAUCUUUCGGAGAUGGAAAAGCAAUGGGAUUGUUUGGUUGAAUUAACGAAAUCUAGUGACCUACUAACAUUGCUGGAGCCAUACAUAUCAAAGCACAUGACAACUAAUUUAUCUGAUGUUGAAGUUGCUCAACCUCUGUCAAAGCUUUGUCUUGAAUUCCCAGACCUUUAUAUUGGAUGUUACCGCAAAGCCAGAUAUGAAUCUCUCAUAAUAAGUUUCAAAGGAAAGGACCAAGCACGCCUUGAAUUAGCUAUAAAAGCAUUACAAAAUAAGUUUAAAUCUGGUGCUUUCUUGGAGAUUAAGAAGGAUGAUUGAUAUCUGCGUGCAGGGAUCGUAUCAUUAUGAUGUUAUCGAUAGAUAUAUGAUGCAAAAAUGGACAAAAGAAGAAAAUCAAGGGUACUGCUAUCAUUGUAAAAGGAGGAACAGUGGUACAGACAAGUGGCUGAAGCUCCAAUUUUCACAACAGUUUUCUCUCCUUCAGGGAGCUUGAUUACUAUUGAAUGAUGAUUAUUUUCUCAAUUUACAACAGUUUUAUCUCCUUCAAGGAGCUUGAUUAUUAUUGAAUGAUGAUUAUUUUCUCAAUUUACAACAGUUUUAUCUCUUGAUUAUUAUUGAAUGAUGAUUAUUUUCUCAA